AUGGAAAUAUUCUCCAUGUCUGGCAAACCAAUUUUAGACACGUUCCCCUCAGAUUCGCCCCCGGCAGGUUUUUUACAGAGAUCCAGAACGCAGUUCUGUGGGUCGGGGAGCGAAGUUGGGCCUCGGGGCCAAGGUUCUGUGCCGGCCGAGCCCACCGGUGGGACCGAAGAGGUCGACCACCUGGAGCCAUCGGGGCUGCGCGUAUAUAUAAAAGCCCCGGGGGAGCGGACAGACACCGACACUGCUACCGGCGUCCUCACCGGUCCACGGCGAGCUGAAAUGCAGUCGGCUGCGGUCAAAUUGCCGCGGAUCCACAGGACACCUUUUUCCGUGGAGGACAUUUUGGACCCGACAAACUUUACGCGGAAGAGGCUCCGCGCUGAUGAUGCGACAGCUGCGGGAGCUUCUACUAAAAGAGAUCGACCCGGAGAGAAGCAGCGUCCUCCGGAAGGUGACAGCUGCAGCCCGGAGGAGGCGGCUGCCCCGUGUCCGGAGAAGCUUCGGGAGUCAAAGGCGAAGAGCCGACGGAUCCGCACCGCCUUCACCCUGGAGCAGCUGCAGAUCCUGGAGCACAGCUUCCAGAGGUGCCACUAUCUGUCGGUGCUGGACCGCCACACCAUCGCCGCGGCCCUCCGCCUCUCCGAGACUCAGGUCAAGAUCUGGUUCCAGAACAGACGCACCAAGUGGAAGAAGGAGCGUCUGCCGGGGACCGAGCCAGAGGAAGAGCGCGGCUUCGCCUCUCCCUUCAGCUCACAUCCUGCCGUCUGCUCGUCUCUGGCCUACAGUCCUCUUUACUGCCAGCGGCUCCCUCGGCUCCAGCUCUCCGCGCCGCCGCCGCCGGUGCCGCCGGUGCCCUUCCAUCUGUACUACAGGCUCCACGAGGCGUGA